AUGCCGGGGGGCCCCGGGAGAGCCCGGGCUGGGCAGGUUUCCUUAUCCGGGGCUCGGCGUGGCCCUCGCCAUUGGCCCGCGCUGUCACAUGGAGCCAACUUUGUUCACUUGACAAAAUUAAUGGCCAUGAGCUCCUUCCUGAUCAACUCCAACUACGUGGACCCCAAGUUCCCACCCUGCGAGGAAUAUUCCCACAGCGAUUACCUUCCCAGCCACUCGCCGGAGUACUACCAGAGGCACCGGGAGGCUCCGUUCCACCAUGAGCCGAUGUACGGGCCCGGGGCUCGGGCCGCCUGCUCCGAGCAGCCCUACGCGCCGUGCCCGGGCUCCGCGCAGCCCCGCGGAGGAGGAGGAGGAGGAGGAGGAGGAGGAGGCGCAGCCGAGCCGCGGCCGCGCAGCCCCAGCCCGCCCCCCGCCUGCUGCAGCCGCGGCCCCGCCGAGCCCGUGCUUUACCCCUGGAUGAAAAAAGUCCACGUAAGCUCGGUGAGCCCCGGUUUGUGCGGCGGGGAGGCGAAGCGCUCGCGCACGGCCUACACGCGGCAGCAGGUGCUGGAGCUGGAGAAGGAGUUCCACUACAACCGGUACCUGACGCGGCGCCGGCGCCUGGAGAUCGCGCACGCCCUGAGCCUCAGCGAGCGCCAGAUCAAGAUCUGGUUCCAGAACCGGCGCAUGAAGUGGAAGAAGGAUCACAAACUGCCCAACACCAAGGUCAGGUCCGGCUCCUCCUCCUCCUCCUCUUCCUCCUCCAGCGCCUUGCAGAUCCCUCAAGGAGGAUCCCAAACCCGAUCCCACAGACCGGCCGCCGCCCCAUAA